UCUCUCCUCCUUCCUUCCUUCCCUCUUCCCCCCCCUCUCCUCCCUCCCCACCUCUUCCAAAAUAAUCCCAAGAUCAACUCUUGUUGCAAACAACAGAAAGACGGUUCAUGGCGCAAGCGGCGGUGCCACCAUCUUUCCAGGCGCUGCGACCAUUAUUGCUCGUAUUAUUGCUGAUUAAUCAACAGGACUUAAUCUGAACCAAAAUUUCCUACCUGGAAUUUGAUUCGGUGCCAGAUUACAAUCCUGGAAAUAUUUAUCACGGAGAGUUACUAUGUGCAGAUCAGCUCUCAGAAUGUCUUCUGUGUCUGCUGUGUAUCUCCUAAGCCAGUUGUGUUAGCCUUCCAGCUAAUUGACUAAUAGAAUUAAUAACAAUAAAAACAAAACACAACAAAAAGCAUUGUAGAGCCACAUGCCUUAUGAAGUCAAUGCUGGGUAUGAUUUUACAAAUAUGGUCCGGAAAAAGAAUCCCCCUCUAAGAAACGUUGUUAGAGAAGGAGAAACAGAGACCCUUCAAUCGCCAGGUACAGAAAGUGACAAUACUGAAAGAAAAGAAGAAUUUUCUGCCGGUCAGAUGCAAGACAACACUGAGUUGGGUGAGGCUGUGGAGCAAAAUGAUGAGGACUUUUGCACGCAUGUACCAGAGCCAUCUCCCAGCUCUAAAAAGGACUUGAAAAGCUCUACAACGAGUGAAAAGGCUGGCUUCAAUUAUGAAAGCCACAGUAAGGGAGGAAAUGUUCCAUCCUUCCCUCAUGAUGAGAUGACAGACAGAAAUAUGCCGGCCUUCUCAUCUGCAGCUGUUGGGGGAAUCUCUGAGUCCUUGAAGUCUCCUCUCAGAUCAGAUGCAGAUGACACCCAAGAUGUGGCCUGCAACCUGUCAGUAGAUCUGACAGAGAAAAGUGAAGAGACUCGCACGUCACCAAAAUCUAUGGAUGAAACAAUGCAUGUGCAAAGUGGUCAAGCUGAGGGCCGGGGUUCAAGCCCAGCCUCGUUGGCCUCAAAAAACCCACAAGUGCCUUCAGAUGGGGACUUAAGGCCAAUCAAAUUGAAAGCAGAUUUGUCGGCAAAUGAGAACCCAGAUACGGCGCCUCUGUCUCCAGAGCUUCAGGACUUCAAAUGCAACAUCUGUGGCUACGGUUACUAUGGGAACGACCCCACAGAUCUUAUAAAACACUUCCGCAAGUACCACCUCGGACUACACAAUCGCACCAGGCAGGAUGCUGAGCUCGACACUAAAAUUUUGGCUCUGCACAAUAUGGUGCAGUUCAGCCAUUCCAAAGACUUCCAGAAAGUCAACUGUUCUGUGCUAUCAGGGGUUCUGCAGGACAUCAGUUCCCAAAGGCCUGUUUUGCUAAACGGGACUUAUGAUGUGCAGGUAACCUUAGGUGGGACCUUUAUUGGCAUUGGACGCAAAACUCCAGAUUGCCAAGGGAACACCAAAUAUUUCCGCUGCAAGUUCUGCAAUUUCACCUACAUGGGCAAUUCUUCAACGGAAUUGGAACACCACUUCUUGCAGACCCAUCCGAACAAGAUCAAAGCCUCCCUUCCUGUCUCCGAAGGCAGCAAAGCCACAGACAGAAACUCGAACAAGUCCAGUCCUACUGUUCGAUCGAGUGAGAUGGGAGAUUUGGCGAAAUGGCAGGACAAGAUCACCAUCAGAUGUGGAGAUGACACUCCAGUUGGCUACUCGGUGCCCAUCAAGCCUCUUGAAUCCUCAAGACAAAACGGUACGGAUGCCUCCAGUUACUACUGGUGCAAAUUCUGCAGCUUUAGUUGUGAAUCCUCCAGCUCUCUCAAACUGUUAGAACAUUACAGCAAGCACCAUGGGGGGAGCCAGGCAGGGGGCCCUCACCCAGAUCGGAAUGACAAGCUCUCGAGGGGGUCAGUCAUUAAUCACAAUGACGUAACCAAAAAUGCAGACGGAGAGUUAGCAACAAAGAGCGAGAAGGGCUCUAGCGUGGCCAAAAAGAAAGACUUUUCCAGCUCAGGAGUGGAGGACCACGUGGUGACGAGCUACAAUUGUCAGUUUUGUGAUUUUAGGUACUCAAAGAGCCAUGGCCCAAAUGUAAUAGUGGUGGGGCCUCUUCUUCGUCAUUAUCAGCAGCUACACAACAUUCAUAAAUGUACUAUUAAGCACUGUCAGUUUUGUCCCCGAGGCCUCUGUAGUCCAGAAAAGCACCUUGGAGAAAUUACUUAUCCUUUUGCUUGCAGGAAAAGUAAUUGUUCCCAUUGUGCUCUCUUGCUCUUGCACUUGUCCCCUGGGAUGCCAGGAGGCACCAGAGUCAAGCAUCAGUGUCACCAGUGCUCUUUCUCCACCCCUGAUGUAGACGUUCUCCUGCUUCACUAUGAAACCACACACGAAGCCCAGGUGUCUGAAGUCAAGCAAGAAGCAAAUGCCCUGCAAGGGGGGGAUGGACCACUGACUGUCAAAGAAAGCAAAGAACACUCGUGUACCAAAUGUGACUUUGUCACUCAGGUAGAGGAGGAGAUUUCUCGACAUUACAGGAGAGUCCAUAAUUGUUAUAAAUGCCAUCAGUGCAGCUUUACAGCGCUUGAUACACAGUCCUUACUGGAACACUUCAACACUGUGCACUGUCAAGAAAUGGACAUCACCACAGCCAAUGGGGAAGAUAGCCAUGGGAUGGCGGCUGCUCUCAAGGAAGAAUCCAAAACUGAUCUGAAGGUUUAUAACCUGAUCAGUUCAGAUCCAAAAAUGGGGGAGCCCAUCUCGGAGAGUGUAGUGAAGAAGGAAAAGAUGGAAGAUAAAGAAGGAUUGAAGGAGAAAGGUUGGCCUGAUGGGUCUAGUGAUGAUCUUCGUGGUACAACUUGGAGAGGAGUGGACAUUUUGAGAGGAAGCCCAUCCUAUACCCAAACAAGCUUGGGUCUUCUGACCACAGUGUCUGUUGUCCAAGAGCAGCCAAAGGCUUUAAGGGAUAGUCCAAAUGUAGAAGCUGCUCAUCUCGCAAGGCCUGUUUAUAGCUUGCCUGUUGAGACCAAGGGAUUCCUGCAAGGCAUGGUGCAAGGAAGCGGAGAAAAAUCUGGACCACUUUCUCAGCCAUAUCCUGGAUCUGCUGAUAACAAGUCAAAGGAUGAGUCUCAAUCCCUUUUACGGAGACGUAGAGGCUCGGGUGUUUUUUGUGCCAAUUGCCUGACCACAAAGACCUCACUCUGGCGAAAGAACGCAAAUGGAGGAUAUGUCUGCAAUGCGUGUGGUCUCUACCAGAAGCUUCAUUCGACUCCCAGGCCUUUAAACAUCAUUAAGCAGAACAACGGUGAGCAGAUCAUUAGGAGACGGACAAGAAAACGCCUUAACCCAGAGGCACUUCAGGCUGAGCAGCUAAACAAACAACAGAGAGGGAACAGCGAGGAACAAGUCAACGGCAGCCCAUUAGAUAGGAGGUCAGAGGAUCAUUUAACAGAAGGUCAUCAGAGAGAAAUCCAGCUUCCCAGCCUAAGUAAAUAUGAAGCCCAGGGUUCAUUGACUAAAAGCCAUUCCGCUCCUCAGUCAAUACUGGUCGGCCAAUCUCUGGAUAUUCAUAAAAGGAUGCAACCUUUGCACAUUCAGAUAAAAAGUCCUCAGGAAAGUUCUGGAGACCCAGGCAAUAGUUCCUCCAUAUCAGAAGGAAAAGGAAGCUCAGAGAGAGGCAGCCCAAUAGAAAAAUACAUGAGACCUGCUAAACACCUAAACUAUUCACCACCUGGAAGCCCUAUUGAGAAGUACCAGUACCCACUUUUUGGACUUCCAUUUGUACACAAUGAGUUUCAAAGUGAAGCUGAUUGGCUGAGAUUCUGGAGUAAAUAUAAGCUGUCCGUUCCUGGGAAUCCACACUACUUGAGUCAUGUGCCUGGCCUACCAAAUCCUUGCCAAAACUAUGUGCCUUAUCCCACCUUUAAUCUGCCUCCUCAUUUUUCAGCUGUUGGAUCUGACAAUGACAUUCCUCUAGAUUUGGCGAUAAAACAUUCCAGACCUGGGGCGACUGCAAAUGGUGCCUCUAAGGAGAAAGCUAAGACAGCAUCAAAUGUAAAAAAUGAAGGUUCCUUGAAUGUAGUUAAAAGCGAGAAAGUUGACCGAAGUACUCAAGAUGAUCUAUCAACCAAGUGUGUGCACUGUGGCAUUGUCUUUCUGGAUGAAGUGAUGUAUGCCUUGCAUAUGAGUUGCCAUGGUGACAGUGGACCUUUUCAAUGCAGCAUAUGCCAAUAUUUUUGCACGGACAAGUAUGACUUCACCACUCACAUCCAGAGGGGCCUACAUAAGAACAAUGCACAAGCAGAAACGAAUGGCAAACCGAAAGAGUAAAAUUAAAUAAAAUAAAUAAAUAAAUAAAUAAAUAAAUAAAAAACCUUAGCACUUAGCACAAUUAAACAGAAAUAGGUUUCCUUGAUGGGAAUUCAAUAGCUUGUAAUGUCUUAAGCACUUCAUAUAGCAAGCAUGCCUUAUCCAAUAUACAAUCUUUUAUUCUUCCCUCCUUUUGCUUCAUACAAGCAAACUAAAAGUUCUUAAGAAUAAUUAUUAAAUAAUAAAAAAGGAUGGCAGCUGGAAUGGGGGAGGGGUAAAGAAUAAAUCACUCGGGACCCAUCCUGCAAAAAACAAAAAAAUUAUAAAUAAGAAAGAAAAAAAAUCUAUACAAAAGACACUAUAUCAGGGAAGGUCUCUUUGCAAAACUUAACCAGGCAAAUAACGCUUUUGUUCUUGUACAAGAAACAUAACUGGCUAGAAUGCAAAGAUGUAUAAUGCUGAAGCAGGUGUACAGUACACAUAUGCACAUUGUAUAGUGAAAUGGACUUGUUAAAUAAACUGAUGCCCAGAAAUCUAGUAGUAUUUUUUUUUCUCCAUUUGGGUUCACUUUGGCCUUAUUAGAACAUCCUCCUGCAACAGCAUUUCUAGAGUCUGGAGGCAGGAGAGCAUUUCUACAAUCUGGAGGCUUUUGUUUGGUUUGGUUUGGUUUUAUUCUGUUUUGUUUCCCAGUUGUCUCUUGUGCUAAGCCAGUGGGUAGCUGUUGUUGGAUCCCUACAACAGAGCCCUUCAAUCUUUUUGAAAUCUAGAGCAGCAGGAGCAUUGCUUAAAAUAGGUUGAAGACCAGGAACAUUCAUUCUCAACCACAGCUGUUCCUUCCCUUUCACUCUGAAAUCAAGUAAAUAACAAAUUCUCAGGAAAGAUGGGAGUCUCAGAACAUGACCUUUUAUGCCAAGAAGACCUUCUUUCCAGGCUGCUUCUUAAGUUUUAAAGGUGGUGAGAAAGCCCUUUUGUAAGAGAGAUUCAUUGAAAUUCAGCUCACAAGUAAAUCUGGGGAUUGCAAACUACGUCUCAGGAGAUAGUGGAUGUAAGAUGCUUUGGCCAAAAUAUAGGAAAAGUACUCUGUUUUCUGAUUUCUCUCUCUCUCUCUGUCUUAUACGAAAGCUACUUUAUGGACUUAACAUUCAUAGUAUUAAUGUUUGACUAACUCUUCUCUCAAUUUUGCUUCAGGUAGAGUAUGGGACUGACUUUUCCCAGAAGUCCUUAAGAUUGUUUAUAUGCAGUGGUCAAUUGCUUCACCAGGCUUAACUCCGGCUUUUGGUAGUGUUUGCCUUCAUGGCCAAUCUUAUUUUUAAUAUUUUUGAGAGAAAGAUAAUAAUGACGAUGAUAAUGAUAAUAAUAAUAAUAAUAAUAAUAAUAAUAAUAAUAAACCUUUUGUAAAAUUAUUCCAUGAAGGGAAAGCUCCUCAGCAUAACUGCUCAGGGAAAUAGGGCUAAAUAACUAAAUAUUCAGUCGUUGGUUCAAGGUGCUGUUAGACAAACCUUCACAAAUGUUGCAAAAAUCUACAAAGGGUGGAUUUCGAUUCAAUUUCAUUAUCUUGGCCCAGGCAGUCCUCUUGUUGUUGUUGUUGUUGUUGUUGUUGUUCUUAUUUUUUUAAAGGGAUAUACAAGAGAUAUUACAAGCUACUGGAUGUACUGUCAGAUUAACUUAUUUCAUUUAAGAAGUUGGGAGAACAAAUAGGAAAAAAACUUAUUUUUCUAGUAAAUAUUAAUGUAUUACAUUUCAAAUAAUGGUGCCUGACAUAUUGAAUAAUUAUUUUCUACAGUGUACGUAUGCAACAAAGAUAUUCCAUCAUGCAUAAGAUUCAGCGCUGGCUCAGCCUCGCUCUGUUUACAUUUGCAAAUGUAGCAAACAAGGUAAUGAAGCAACUUUCUAUUGCAGUAGGUAUCUUUGAUUUGUGCGCGUGUGUGUGUGCAUUAAAAUUGUAAACGGUAACAUGAAAUGAAUGAACUUUGUUGAUAAUAAUGAUAUUUGGGGGAGAAGAAGAAGACGACGAAGACGAAGAAGGAAAUGAAAAUAUUUUUAUGCCUACUUAGGAGGAAGAAAAAGAGUAGCACUAUUCAUUCCAAGUACUUUUUGUAUUCUUAAGCUCUUAACUCACAUUGUUAUGCUUAAAAUGAUAAACAUAUAUCCUCUUUUUAUUGCUUUGUCUAUGUUUCAGCUGAAACAUUUCAGAGAUUAUGUCAAGAGGUGCCACCUGACUCCUUGGCACACAAGUUUUUAAUUGCAUUCUGUACUAGCAUUGCACUCCAUUUUUACCAUAUUACACCGUCGCUUCAUGUUUUCUCGUUUUGUUGCGGCUGGGGCUUUAUUUUUUUUUUUUUUUUGCAUUGCACGGUCUUAGUCUCUUACGGUUGUGGAGUAUAAUUGGUUCCUAAAUGUCACUGCAAAUGAAGAUUCAAAUGUCUGAUAUUCCAUUCUUCUUUCCCACCCACCCACCCCCUCUCUCCCUCCCUCCCUCCCUCCCUCCCUCCCUUUGAUUUUUUUUCUAGGGAUUUCCAGGCUCGAUUUCCAAGAUAGGAACUUAUGUGGAAGGUCCUUCUUCUGAGCCCACUUACAUGCUAUUAUUCCCAAUUAAAAUGAUUUAGACCAAUCAUUUCCUAGUCUACAAAAUGAGCAUUUAAAUUUAUUUGGCAAGAUAAAGUGGAGAGAAGUCACCCCAGUUUAGAGUUACAAGACUAGAAUCUUAAGAAGAAUUAAACUAGCACUUAUUUGCUAGGGGUUCAAUUUGUAGAAAGUAAAUGGGGCCUUGUUUAACUCUUAUCUCAAUUUAACUUCCCAAUAAGCCUCCUAAAUGCAACUGCUAAGUGUAUUGUUUUUAAUGUAUGUACUAAGGAAUAAAAGCUUCACUGAACACAGUGACAUAAAUUCCUGCAUAGGAUUGUACCAAGUGUGACCAUUAUAAACGGUAAAUUAUUGGGAUCCAUCUGGUUCCUUUCAACCACCUUUUGGAAAACAAAAAUAAGGCCUUCACAACAUACCACUACCAACUGGUAUUAUCCAUAGUUUGCAAAACGUAGAUGGCAAUUUGACCUGCCGUGAAUUGCAAACCCCAUGAUGAUAGUGAUUACCCAUGACUUUGCCUCUAAAAUUUAUAUUGAAAGCAAGCAGCAGGAAACCUCAAUCUGCCUGAGUGACAUUCCUAUAGCUGGUCUCCAAAGAUCUGGCUGACCUUGGCAGUUUUUUAGAGCCUACAUAGGGAACCUGUGAUGAAAGUAAUUUCUCCACUUAAUUAAAGUGAGUCUAUUAUUUGAUACCAAGGCUAAGGAUUCUCUGGUACCCUUUUUUCAACUAUAACUGCAUAUUGCCUUCAAUAUGUCAAUAUGUCCUGUCAAUUACGUAAAACAAUAUUUCAGACGCUAAAGUUGUUCUACAAUUUUAGUGUCUAUCUAGGAUUAUUAGACCACUAAAAGGCCACAAGACAGACAGUGGGUUGCAUUUCAAGGAAGAGUAAUGUUGCUUAUAUUCACAGUCCAGAAAGAAUGGCAUUCUACAUUCUUUCUGAAAAUCAUCUACUUUAGAAUCUUGAAAUAGGUAUCAUUUUUCUUCUCCAAUCCAUAUGGCAGUGGCAGGAUUUGAAAUACAUUCUUUCCCCCCCAAUUUGCUCUUGUCUCAUUAACAAUAGAAAUCAAUUAGGUUGUGAGCCAAAAAUUAAAAUGCCCCAAAUUAAGCUGAAUCACAAAAAGGGGGAGGGGAAAUUACUUAAAGAUAAAUUGAAUGCAUAAUAGGAAAUGAAAUGAGCAUUUUAAGGCAUUUUUUAAAAAAGACUAAAAAAUAUGCAUUCCCUUCAAAGAAAAUAGCACAUAACUACAGUCCACUCAGGACUUUUCAUUAAGAAGGGUGGCAGCUUGCUAAUGGUGGCCUACUGCAGGAUGACCUCUUCAGUACGCCCCCCUGUUCAGUUGCCAUUUAAAAUGUUCCCAGAUUUAUCUUAAUGAACAUACAAGGAAUACAUGCUAUUAGUAUUUUAAUUGUUAAAAAAAAUACAUUGCACAUUGCAUUUUUCCUAGUGAAAUAUUGCAAAGGCGCUGACAAAAUUGAAAUUCCAUUUCAGCUAUUUUUUAAAAAAAAAUACUUAACGUUAAGUAGCAUAUUAGGCUAUCUAUAUUUUACCUAUACUUCUAUUUUGGCUGUCCUAGAAUGAUUUUGGCUGUCCUAAAAUGAUCUCUUCCAGCUAUGGAUUUAAUUUGUCACCCAUGGAAUUACUCCUGAAAGAGAAGCUGUUUAAAAGUGAAAACUCUUGGGGAGCUGAAUAGAAUCUAAGAUCUUUUAUAUUGCUUAUCUUAACAGUGGGCUACUAAUGCUGGAUGCAGAAUAGGGCAGUUUGAAAUGCUGCUACCAUCUAAAAUGCUCCAGAUGCUUUUGCACAAAAAUAGAUUUGUUAUUGUAGAUGGAACAAUAUGUCUGUUGUAAUGCAUAACCUUUGUCUGUUUUUUAAAUUAAAAUAUUAAAUAGCCCAAUCCAACCUGUCUAAACUGAUAGAUUUUUUUUCUACACAGUAUUUCUACUCACAAACACUUUCUUUUUUUACCCACAUUCCCUCCAAUAUAUUAUGUAGAGUUAUGCUUUAGAAAAGUUUUGUUUUGCAGUACUGGGAAAAAACAACAACGCUACAGACAUGUUAUCUCCUUAUUUUAGCUAACCAAUUCUCAUGCUUUAUGCAAGUAGAUUUUCCCUUCCUUUUCUUCUCAUUACAUCCUCCGUGUUGUAUGAAAACUGUUCUAGGAAGUCCCGGAAUCUUCCAGAGCAAAGUAAGG